AUGUCAAGCUCUCAAACUCCAUCCCCUUCCAAAAACGACGAAACUUUUCAUCCACAAACCACCAUAUCACCCUCAUACGAUUCUCUCCCUCAACAAAUCACCAUCGCCUAUCCAAUCUCAACCAUUUUUCCUGAGGAAACAACGAAGAGGAAGAAGAUUUCAGCGAAGAAGCCAACGCCAAAGAAAAAUCAAUUCACUUCGCGUGACGCAUCUACUUCAAAAACGGGUAAGAAAUCAAUAUCUAAAACUACGCCUAAAGUUGUUCAUACGAUGCGUGAACUAUUUCUUGAUAGUCCUAUUAAGUCAAAUGUGGACGUUAAUGCUGGAGCACCUGGAAGUAGUAUAAAAAAUUUGAUGUCUGAUAUAAGUUCUGAAAACCUAGGUCUAGAAAACCCUAGGACUGCUGAGAAAUUGGGGAAACCCUCUUUGGAAAAGCCUGAUGAUAUUUUUGAUGAUAUUGGCGCUACUACUAAGGCCAAUCCUGAGUCUGAAAUGAUUUUUAGUGAGAAAUUAGUUCCAGAACAAGAUGCUGCAAAUGAUGCUACAGCAUCUGCAGCACAGGUUGAUGUUAGCACCACUGUGGUUCCUGAUUCACCAAACUCCCCUGUGGUCCCUGUUAAUGAAAAAGAUACUGAAACCACCAUCCCUGCUGAUGUCAUUACCCAGGAUAAGGGUAAAACUGCAAGUAUGCCUGAUACAAGUGAGGCAAAUGUAAUUGAUGUUGAAAGCCUCCAAUUCAAGAGUACUCCUAGGGCUGGUAUAUCUAGGAGGCUAAGAAGUAAUACAGGAAAGGAUAUAGCCACUCCUUCUGAAGCCACCAAAACUAAAAUUGGACCUAAGAAACGGUGGAGCAAGGUAACUGUACCCUCUGAAAGUAAGAAGAAGACUGUGAAGAGAAAAACUGUCUCUUUUAGUGACUCUGAUUAUGAGGAAGAUCAAGAUGCUGAAGCAUCUCCUGCAGCAUCUUCUCAGAAGUCUGCCAAGAGAAAAAGGAUGGCUCCUAAUGUCCCAUCUGUACCAAUUGAUAAUGUCUCCUUUCAUUGUGUUGAGAAUGUUGACAGGUGGAAAUUUGUGGUGAAAAGAAGAAUAGCCAUUGAAAGAAACCUUAAUGAAGACUUCUUGAAAUGUUAA